AUGGCGGGCGUGGACUUUUCAAAGAUCUAUUCAGCUACUUAUAGUAGUGUCCCUGUGUAUGAAUUUAAGAUCGAAAGCGACAGUGUAAUGCGAAGGAGGGCGGACGAUUGGAUAAACGCAACGCAUAUUCUCAAAGUCGCUGGGUUUGACAAGCCGGCCAGAACACGUAUCCUCGAGCGUGAGGUGCAGAAAGGGGUGCACGAGAAGGUACAAGGUGGUUAUGGCAAAUACCAAGGAACAUGGAUUCCACUUCCCGAAGGGCGUUUGCUUGCUGAACGCAACAACAUAAUCGACAAACUACGACCGAUCUUCGAUUACGUCGCAGGAGAUCGUACCCCUCCACCUGCACCGAAACAUACAUCAGCGGCAUCAAAGCCAAGAGCUCCGAAGAAUGCCAACAAGAGGAUGGUCAAUGAGGAGGUGUUUAAUGCAGUUAAGCCGCAUCGUAGUAUGGGGCCGCCGCCGACUUUCACUCAUGAACAAUAUGACAUCAAUACUGGAUUUGAGGAGGAUGAAUCGAUUGAGCAAACAACGUUGGAGUCAUCUUCUAUGGUUGCGGACGAAGAAAUGAUCCCGAUAUCUCAAAAUGGCCCAUACUCGCGGAAGCGCAAACGUGGCAUGAACGAGGUCACUGCGAUGUCAAUCAGUGAACAGGAACAUAUCCUCUACGGGGACCAACUUUUAGACUACUUUAUGACAAUAGGAGAUGCUCCGGAGGCAACACGUGUUCCUCCACCAGAGCCUCCAGCUAAUUUCCAGGUGGAUCGUCCGAUUGACGACUCAGGGAAUACUGCGCUUCAUUGGGCCUGUGCUAUGGGUGAUUUGGAAAUCGUCAAUGAUUUGUUGCGGAGAGGAGCAGAUGUGAAAGCACUGUCUGUGCAUGAAGAAACACCACUUGUUCGUGCUGUUCUGUUUACGAAUAAUUACGAAAAAAGAACAUUUCCCGCACUUUUGGAAUUGCUCCUAGAUACUGUCUCUUUCAGAGACUGGUUCGGCGCCACCAUUUUCCAUCAUAUAUCAGAAACUACCAGAAGCAAAGGAAAGUGGAAAAGCUCACGAUACUACUGUGAAGUACUCCUGGAAAAACUGCGAACCACGUGUUCUCCCGAAGAGAUUGACAUGUUGUUAUCUUGUCAAGACUCGAACGGAGACACGGCCGCCUUGGUUGCCGCUCGAAAUGGUGCAUUUCGUCUAGUGAACCUACUCUUCACGCACUGCGCACGGGCUGGGGACCUGGUUAACAAGAAAGGCGAGACGGCUGCAAGCAUAACACAAAGGGCACAUCACUCCGAGCGAGAUAUCCCACCACCGCCCUCGUCUAUCACGAUGGGAAAUGACCACAUUGAUGGCGAGGUAAACGGCCCUUCACACACCGACCACCAAUCCGUCACCCUGCCGCAGAACAUGUCACCUGCCACAUCCGCGCUCCUCUCCAAGAUAAGUGUAAUCAUGGCAGAGGCAAACAAAAAGCUUACUGUGAGCUACGGAACCUCCAAGUCUAAUCAACAAGAUCCAGACGAUGUUGCGAAUCCAGAGGCAUUAUACGAACAACUAGAAUUAGAUAGACAAAAGAUACAGAAGCAGCUGUCUGCUUUCACCGCAAAAGAGAAGCAGGAAGAACCCAUUGAUGCACAGCUUGGGCGAUACGAGCAGUUGAGAAGCAACUACGAGUCUCUUCUCGAGCAAAUACAAGAAGCGCGCCUACAAAAGCGCAUCCUGCGAGCUCCAUUGCCCGCAGAAGAGGAUACAGCACCAUCUUCGACAGACCAAGAUAGAUUGCUUCACAUCUAUAAGCUAGGACGACAACUGUGCCUAGCACAAAAGGCACGGCGAGUCGCAGUCAGGGACCUCGCCCAACAAACCGCAGAAGCUGGCGUCAGUACUAAAUUCGACGUUCAUCGGAAGCUCGUUGCUCUCGCUACUGGUCUCAAGGAGGAAGAAUUAGAUCCAAUGGCUGCGGAACUGGUAGAGACCUUGGAAUUUGACCGAAUGAACGGUAAGGGUCCAGGGGCAGAGUCGCCAGAGCCAGAACAGAAAGAGCCAACAACAUUGCCCUUCCCUGGACCUGCUGUGUCUGUAGAUGCAUGA